AUGGUGCGCUAUUCACUCGACCCAGAAAACCCCACAAAAUCAUGCAAAUCAAGAGGUUCAAAUCUUCAUGUUCACUUUAAGAAUACUCGUGAAACUGCCCAGGCCAUAAAGUGUAUGCAUAUUCGAAAAGCCACCAAGUAUCCGAAAGAUGUCACUUUAAAGAAGCAAUGUGCCAAACAGUGGGGCUGGACGCAGGGUCGGUGGCCCAAAAAGAGUGCUGAAUUUUUACUACACAUGCUCAAAAAUGCAGAUAGUAAUGCUGAGCUUAAGGGCUUAGAUGUAGAUUCUCUGGUCAUUGAGCACAUCCAAGUGAACAAAGCCCCCAAGAUGCGGUGGAGGACUUACAGAGCUCAUGGUCGGAUCAACCCCUACAUGAGCUCUUCCUGCCACACUGAGAUGAUCCUUACUGAAAAAGAACAGAUUGUUCCUAAACCAGAAGAGGAGGUUGCACAGAAGAAAAAGAUAUCCCAGAAGAAACUGAAGAAACAAAAACUUAUGGCCCGGGAACAAAUGCCACAGAAAGUAAAUGCAAAUAAAAGUAAAAGUGUUGGUUGUCUUGAUUAG